AUGAAUGCAGAGGAUGCGCUAAUUCCAUGGUCAGCACAGCGUAUUCUUCCUUGCCUUGACCUUAAUCCGGAGUAUCGUGCUGAUUUACUUGCCACUGCGAGUCGUCUACCAGAUGUUGCCUCACGUACUUUGUUAUGCCCUCUCUUUUCUCACCGCCUACUUCACCAGUUCACUCAUUCCUCCGCCUUUGGUACUCUUUCCUUGAUGUGUAGCCAUGCACUGACGCACCAACGACGCCACGAAGAGGAGACCAGGGGUAGUAGCUGGAAUGGGGACAAAAACAGCGGAAGCGGCACUGAAGACGAAGUUACGUUUGCUGCCACAAUUACAAGUAGCGUAUUGGAAAAUUCAAUGAUGAAUUUAGAGGCUGCCCUGGUUCCACUCAUUGGUGAUUCGCAAGAGCAUUUACUUACUACUUUGAAGAAACGGUUGCGUGGGGCAGAGCAAAAUGUGUUUGGUGUUAACUUUCAUGACGAAGGUAAGCCAUUCAUGCCGGCUCGAAAGAGAAUAAGUCUAGUACCUCAGGGAAAAACAAUGGAGAAGGCUCGGGGGCAAGUGACUUUGCCUUACCGGCACAUACUUUCAAGAGCCAUGGCGUCAGAAACAAAUGUGGCACAAAGUGCAAGUAUUUACGACCGCCGUGAAUUGUUGGGAAGACUGGGAGAUACACCAGUUCCGUUUCAGGUGCGAUCACGUGAGGAAGUGAGGCAGCAAUUAAGAGGACAAAAGGCUUUGGAGACGAGUAUGACAGUAGUUCUUCCAGAUCAUGUAGUUCCGUUGCCGCUUUGGAAGCGGCGGCGAAAAGAAAUGGAAGAAAAUACUGAACAAGAAACUUCUGCCGUUCCGCCCACGGCGGUUACUUCUUCAACCUCGAAUUCUGCGCAAGAGCCUUUUGUAAAUGCAACCUGGGUAAAAGAGGGAGAACUCAUACUCGUCAACGGUCGUCUUGUUCAUCGUGAUACAAGAAAACAAAGUGAAAGUGGUGCUAAGGAGGAGAAAACAAGUGAUUUAGCGACAGAAAGAGAAGUGGGUCCUAUGGAGAAUUCAGAAUCGGCAAAAUCGGGUAAAAAGAAAAAAUCAACCGCGGAGUCUGCGCAGAAAAAGAGGACACCCAAAGAUGGGUGUGGUUCUUCUACCUCUCCACGAAUUGGUACGGUGAGUGCCCAAGGCGUGCCACUGAAGUCUAGAGAAGAACUUUUGGUGUUGGUGAGGUCUCUUCAAGUCUCGGAUGUUCUGCGGGCAGCCUUCUUGAUUGGGUUAAAUGAUAAUGAAACCUCUAACAUGGAAAAGGAAUGA